GGUACGGCAGCCGUAGCAGGGCGGCAUCGUCUUGGUCUCUCUCUCUCUCUCUCUCUCUCUCUCCGUGAUGUUCUGUCUCACAUCUCCUGCUUUUGUAUACAAGUAUAUCAACCCAGUUUCCUCUUCGCGCUCCUAGUUCGUGACAGUAUUGCUCUCAUCCGUGUCUUACCAUCCUCACGAGACGGGGCGAUCUACGACCAAACUCGAGGCCCAUGGACUCUCAGACGCAAGCUCUGGGUGCCUACCAACGGUCGGACCAAACCAUCUGUUCCCACAGUGUCAUACCGACUGACCAAACCGCGGGUUUCCCCACCAUCAUCCUCACUCCAUUGGCGCGAGGCGCACGGGGAGAAUAACAAGGGAAAGAAGAAGGAGCAGAAGAAGAAGAAAAAGCAAGCACCGCCUCUUAGUUAGUAGGCCCAGGAUGCUCGUCAAUGGGCGACCACCACCACCACCACCACCACCUCCUCCUCCUCCUCCUCCACCACCACCACCACCACCUACAUCAGAACCACCUACAUCAGAAGCAGCCGCGCCCGCGAUCCGGGCCCCGUGCCGCAGGCCGCAACUGCACACCCGCAAGAACCACGACACCUACAACGGAAUCCUCCACAUCCCCCGGUCCACGCACGUACAGACCAUGAUCGCCACCACCACCACCACCACCACCGAGCGCUCCCGGUCGUACCUCGUCACCCUCCACUACCCCGCCAACCGCGCCUGCGAACUCCGCCGCUCCGACGCCGACGUCCUCGCCCUCAGGCGCGGGCUCGCCACCGCCGGGUGUGCCGCCGCCGUCCCCCGGACAAGAAGAGAGAGAAGCGGCAGCGGCAGCGGCAGCGGUGCCGGUGCCGAUGGCGAGAGUAGUGAUAGGAGUAGGAGCAGGAGCAGGAGUAGGAGUAGGAGUAGGAGCAGUAGCGGGAGCGGGAGCGGGGGCGGGGGCGGGAGGAAGAAGAGUCGGGAAGCUAUCGCGACAAGAGCAGCGACAGUAACGACGGCGGCGGCGGGGGGAUGCGCUUGCUCGUGCUCGUGCUCCUGCUGCCGCUGUCCGUGCGGCUCGGAGGGAGCGGAUGCGAGGUUGGCGAGGGAGGUCAACGACCUGCUUCGGGAGGCGCUGCACAAGGUCGGCAAGGGGAACGGGCCUGUCAGACCGGUGAUAGAGCGGUUCCUGAGGAGGAGGAUCGAGGAUUGUGGUGGGUGAUGACGAGCCAUCGUGGGGACACUACGGGGAAGUUAGUCGGAGAACAUAUCAGAAACUAGUUGCAAAAUUUAAUGUUUAGUCACGGUUAACGGCGGAAACAGAUGUAGGAACACAGACAGCGAAGCUGGAUGCGAUACUCAAGAUCCCAGGUCGGAA